AUGAACCAGUCAAUACACAACAUUCCACCGCCUUUGAAGCUGCUGCGACCAAGUCAAUUAGACGUCUCUUACACCUUGGAAGUGGUGCAAAAUCCCAUUCGAGCCAGAUGCUGUGGAUUUGGCGAAAAGGAUCGCAGACCCAUUGAUCCACCUCCCAUUUUGCAACUCUCUUCCAAAGAUCAAGAUGGCAAUCCAAUUGAUUUAAAACCAGAGGACUCCAUCUUGUUCUUGGUCCAAUGUGAGCUGUACAAUGUAGGCAAAACUGAGAACAGGACACUAGUGUAUACGCCAUGGUCUGCAAAUUCAUCUAAUGAUAAGCCCGAAUAUGUCCGAAAUCUACUAGGAUCCAGUGUGUCAAAUGCCUAUCAUUUGUACAAUGAAAACAAUGAGCCUGGCACAUAUUUCAUAUUUCAUGAUUUGUCCGUCAGAACCGAGGGCACAUUUGUUCUUAAAUUUGUGUUUGCAAAUCUUGCUGCCGGUGAACCCCUUACUAUGAGUACGCGAAUCCAGCAAGAGGUCUUUUCAACUCCCUUUUCAGUAUAUCCUGCGAAAAAGUUUCCUGGAUUAACAGAAUCAACUCCUCUUUCAAAGUGCUUUUCAAAGCAAGGCAUCAAAAUCCCGAUUCGGAGCGACACAUCUUCGCUGAAGCGUUUGCCAAACACCACCACCAUGUUUACUCGCCACCAGGACGAAGAUCAGGAUCAAGAACCUCGGCCUAAAAGCAACUUUACGCGGCUCCCGAUAUCUGACUUUUUGUCUCCAGAGUAG